GCAGGGGGCUGGCGGCCAGAGGCACUGAGCCUGGGAGCAGGGUCUCUCACAUUGGGGCAGGAAGUUUGAGGUGCAGAGCAGCUGGGGAGCCCCAGAGGCCUGAGGGGGGCAGGGAGGGUGAGUGUGGGGAGGGGAGCGGAAGUCGGAAGCCGCUGCCGCCACGUUCACCGUUCACAGGGCGGGCGGACCGGGCGGCAGGAUAGCUCCAGGGGAGCCAGGGCCACGCAUCCCUUCCCGGUCCUCUGGAGGUGAGCAAGGGUACCUGCGGGGUCCCGGUUGCCCCCCUGGCCAGCGCUCCCUCUAAUCCACACAAUGGGCUUGUGAAGGCAGAUGUUCCUGAAGACUCUAGCGCAGCUUAUGCUCAUUGGAUGAUGGGCGACGACGGACUCUGUGGCCACCCCAGACCCGUGGAAAUCCUCGACAUCUGUUUGGGAGACAACCUGCAGCCCCACUCGGAAGCCCACCUAGGGGAGACCUAUGGCCACCCUGAGCCUCUUGAACCUCACGGGGAGCAGACCUGGGCCUCUGUCCCUCCUGAUGCCGUGAGGCCUGAUGUUUGUCCCCAGGGCUCCAGCCCAGAGCCCAUGCACCUGGGGAGCGGCUCUUCCCAGGAACAGGCAGGACAGAAAACCACCUCCCCCGGGUCUUCCAGGGACAGCCAGCCUCUGGGGAGCCCAGGGCAGAGCCAGAGCACAUCCACACAGGUGGUGUUCUGGGCGGGGAUCCUGCAGGCCCAGAUGUGUGUGCUGGACCUGGAGGAGGAGCUGGAGAAGACAGAAGGGCUCAGAGCUGAGCUGAGAUGCUGCAUUCCCGCGGCCCCUGCAGACCUCCCCACUUUUCCCUCCAGCCCAGUUGGCCCCCGGAACUCGGGCCUCCUCCCCAGCCCACCCAUGGAUGCGGAUGAGGCCUCAGGGGAAGACAGCAGCGGGCCAGAAGGAGAGACCCAGAACCCAGCAUGGCCGAGGGAGGGCGCGCUGGACUUGUCUCCCGAGUGGAGUGCCGAGGAGGAGAGCAUCUUCUUUGACAACCCGCUCUUCCUGGAGAGCCCUUGCUCAGACACCAGUGCAUCUGAAACGCAUUUUUCCUGGGGCUUCUCGGACUCCUAUGUAGAUGUGAGGACUGGGCCCCAGAGCCCACAGACCCUGGAGCCUCCACCCCCGGGAGGCAGAGUGCCCUGGGAGCUGGGCGGUGAGCCGGAUCUGGGGGAGAGCACAGCAGAGUCCAGCGGGCACACCACCCCUCCAUUCCCUGUGCCCACCUACAGGCCACACUCUUUCUCCUGGGUCGUGGUGGAUACCCCCGAGGGGGCUCCCUCAGCACCUUCCAGCCAGGAGGAGACCAAGAGUUCUCUGAGAGACAGCCUUGAGCCUGCCUCGCCUGCAGCAUCCUGUGUGGACCAGACAGUUAGCUGGGAGACAGAACAUGUGGAAUCUAACGGCAGACCUGCCACACAUCCAGUGCAACCUUGGGCCGGGCCCAGCACCCAGGGCUGGCCAACCAAGGUCAUUCCUUCCUGGCCCCCAGGGCCUCUUAGCUCCCAGGACAGAGGUGACAAGGAUACAGAGUGUGUCCAGGAGUCUGCUCCCUGCACCGUGGCCCCUGGCCACCCCUGGGGGAGCCCAGCCUCUUCGCCGGAGCCGAGCAGCCCUGAGUCUGGGGUCAGAGGCUCCAACUCCCUGCUCAGCCCUGUCUCCCGGGAAGGCAGCCUGCGGCUGCAGGGCCGCCCCCCAGACAGUGUUCUUCCUGAGUGGACACUAGAUGCUCCAAGCCCUUCAUUCCUGGAGACAGAUGGGGUGCAGCCAGGUUCCCUGGAAAAAGAGGAGGCAGGAGAGGCCCCAAACCGAGGGAAGGAAGUAAAGUUAAGCCCCGCCAGGACUGCGGAGGCCGGAGCCAGACAGCCUGACACUUGCCUGACUUCUGCAAAAACGCUUCCUGGGAGCCCUGUGCCCCAAGUGCAACCCCCAGAGGAAGGCCAGAGGCCCCCGGCUGGAGACAAGCUGGCGAAUGGUGUCAGGACUGACAAGGUGGCCUGGAACUUGGCCUCUCGCCUCUAUCACCUGGAGGGCUUCCGGAAGUCUGAAGUGGCCGCCUACCUGAGGAAGAACAAUGACUUCAGCAGGGCCGUGGCUGAGGAGUACCUGUCCUUCUUCCAGUUCGGAGGCCAGAGCCUGGACCGCGCGCUCCGGGGCUUCCUCCAGGCCCUGGUGCUUAGUGGGGAGACCCAGGAACGAGAGCGGAUCCUCUACCAGUUCUCCAAGCGCUUCCAUCACUGCAACCCCGGGCUUUUCUCCUCAGUAGACUGCGUGCACACCUUGACUUGCGCUAUCAUGCUCCUUAACACGGACCUGCAUGGACAGAACAUUGGGAAGAGCAUGAGCUGCCAGGAAUUCAUAACCAACCUGAAUGGCCUGAGGGACGGCGGGAACUUCCCCAAAGAACUGCUCAAGGCCCUCUACUGGUCUAUCCGAAGUGAGAAGCUUGAGUGGGCCGUGGAUGAAGAAGACGCAGCCAGGCCCGAGAAGGCCCGGCCGUCUCCCCCGGCUGGCAAGAUGAGCAACCCUUUCCUCCAGCUGGCCCAGGACCCCACGGUGCCCACCUACAAGCAGGGUUUCCUGGCCCGGAAGAUGCACCAGGAUGCCGAUGGCAAGAAGACGCCGUGGGGUAAGCGCGGCUGGAAGAUGCUCCACACCUUACUUCGAGGGAUGGUCCUCUACUUCCUGAAGGGAGAGGACCACGGCCUUGAUGGGGAGAGUUUGGUGGGGCAGAUGGUGGACGAGCCGGUGGGGGUGCACCACUCACUAGCCACCCCCGCCACGCACUACACCAAGAAGCCUCAUGUCUUCCAGCUGCGCACGGCUGACUGGCGCCUCUACCUCUUCCAGGCACCCACUGCCCAGGAGAUGACUUCCUGGAUCGCGCGCAUCAACCUAGCCGCCGCCACGCACUCGGCUCCGCCUUUCCCCGCUGCGGUGGGCUCCCAGCGCAAAUUCGUCCGGCCUAUCCUGCCCGUGGGCCCAACCCAGGGCUCCCUGGAGGAGCAGCAUCGAUCCCACGAGAACUGCCUGGACGCAGCCUCUGACGACCUGCUGGAUCUGCAGAGGAACUUACCCGAGCGGCGAGGCCGCAGCCGGGAGCUGGAAGACUACCGCUUGCGGAAGGAGUACCUGGAGUACGAGAAAACUCGCUAUGAGACCUACCUGCAGCUGCUCGUGGCCCGUCUGCACUGCCCGUCAGAAGACCUGGACCUGUGGGAGGAACAGCUGGGGAGGGAGGCUGGAGACCUGCAGGAGCCCAAGCCCAGCCUGAAGAAGUCCCACUCCAGCCCAUCGCUGCAUCAGGAUGAGGCCCCCACCACAGCCAAGGUCAAGCGCAACAUCUCGGAGCGCAGAACCUACCGGAAGAUCAUCCCCAAACGGAACCGCAAUCUACUGUGAAGCCGGGGCCACCUCACCAACUCCCCCCCGCGACCUGGGCCUGCGGUGGAUUUGGGAUGAAACCCUAGGAAGAGCCUUAUAUCAGCGGGUCCCUGCUGAGGAUGGGGCCCUGCCUCUUCCCCGUGGAAGGAUACCCUAGUGUGGUCCCCCACCUUCGCUCCCUCGCACACCACACUGGAGUUCUGACACUGUUGCCCCCACCCCGGCUGCUCCCAAGAGAGGACAGAGGUCAAGGACUUGACUCAGCUGCCACAGUUCAUCCCAUUCUACCUUCCAUCCCUUCAGAAGCCACAGAAGACACCUUUCCUGGACCUGGGGGAUUUCUUAGCUCUCUGUUUGAGAGUCAGAGGCCCCGCGAGCUCCCCCAUCCUCGGGGACAAAGACCAGGGCAGCAGAGACCUCGGCAUAGACAGGCUAGGGGAGCUGCUGCGCUGGGAGCGGUCUUGCUCUGGAAAUCAGGUGACUUGCUGGAAGAGGUCCUGGGAGACCCCAGCUGGGCCCUGCCCACUGCGGAGAACAGCAUUCUGGGCAGGAGCAGAGACUCGGCAAGUUCAAGGGCUCAGUGAGGCUGGCUCUGGGGCCCCCUGCCUUUGUCUGGUCUUCCCUACAUCCUGCACACAGAGGGGGCAGAUGAGGGAGGCUCUGCCUCCCAUGGCCAAUGGCUGAUCAUCAGAGUGGAACCAACGGUGGUCAGCGAGGGCCGGAAGGGGUGGGGGCGCCCAGAGCUCAGUGGAGAGCCCUGCCACAAGGGCCUUUGCCUCCCCAGAGCAGGGAAGGAGGUGCUCCAGGUUCAGGGAGGCUAAGGGUAAGAGGUGGUGAUGCAUGCUGUGUUCCCUGGGGGCUCUGGAGAGUUGUGAGGGGCGGUGAAGGCCUGGCUCCCUCCCCACACACCCCUCCCCUGGAAGCUCCAGGACUCACUCAGGGACCCCUUCCCUGCCCCAGCUUGCUCCCAGGGGCCCUUGCCACCCUCCCUGGGAAGCCCCCUUGUGCUCCCUUUGGCUGCGUCCCAGCUGGGCUGUUCACCGGACACUCGAGGACCCGAGGCUCUGCCUGUGGGAAGGAGGCCGGGCCGCCAGGCAGCCACCAUUGUCUCUGUUCAGCCAAGUGUGAGACCCGGCUGCCCGCCAAAAGGGGCCUCUCGCUACCCGCCUGCUGGCUGACGCACGCACGGCCUCUCCAGCCUUCCUGCUGCCCUGCCCUCCCCUUCGUGCUUGUAACCAGCCCUGGGGCCUGCAACUCCACCGGGUGGGGCUGGCACUUGAGGGUCACCAACAAGUGUCUGCCCGUGGCUGGGCCACACACCCAAUGGGUGCACAAUAAUACAGACCAGUGAAGAAGGAGGUGUGUACCAGUGAGGGGCGUGGGAGGGGCAGGCAGCUCUGGGCAGCUGAGGCCACCUGCAGGGUGGCAGGCCGGGUUCCCUUUGCCGUGUGUGUGCAUGUGCGUGUCUGUGUGGGUCUGUGUGUGCAUGUAUGUGUCUGUGUGUGUGCAUGUCUGUGAACGUGUGUGUAGCACGCUAAUCGUGUGCAGGAGUCACAUAGGCUGUCACAGCAGGAGGGGACUUCAGAAUCAUUGAUUCAUCUGCUCAUGGGUUCAUUCUUUCAUUUCUCCAAUAAUGUUAAGUACCUUUAUGGGCCAGUACUAUGAGAUUCAGGCAUGAAUCCAGCAUGUCCCUGGCCUCCAGGAGAGGACCAUCCUGUUCUCUGGUGCCCAACUGGCAGUAUAGAGUGGCCCUGGAGGCAUUCCCAUCCUAUGCCCAGGAAUCUGGAUCCAGUAGGUCUGGGUCAGGGGCACCAACAGUAUUUUUAAGGCUCCUUGGGCCACUCUGAUGGUUGGAGGCCAGUUGUCUCAUUUGAUUGGGGUGGUAGACUAGCGCCGUGUGCACGUGACUUGGCCCACAAGUGAUGCUUACAGGCUGAACCACCGUGAGUGGGUUAUUUGACCUCACUGACCUGUAUCCUUAUUUCCAAAACCAGAAUAAAAGGCAGAGGCUUGUUGGCGUGCUUGCAUGUCUAUGACGCUUCCAUGCUUCUUUGCUGUCGUAGAACUUGUACCUCCCUUUCACCUGGGCACAGAAGGUCUCCAGAGCCAGGUGCUCCAGGCUGCUGGGGUGCCGCCUGUCCAGCUCUGCCUGAGCUGGGUUUGGCCUGGAGGCUUGAUGAGCUGUUAGGCUGCGGUUAUGACAUGUGACCACUGGAGGGCGGGCUUACAUCUCCCAAGCCUCAAGCACUAGGUGUCCGGCUGCAGCUAUGCCUUUGCAAGAACAGAAGUGAGUUGGGUGUUCCUGGCCAUCACCAGAACCAGGCUCUUCCAUUUCCCGAGGGCCAUAGUGGCCCAGGUCAGGCCUCCCACCAGGCCAGGCCUCCCACCAUCUGGACAGGCAAAGGGUUGGUACUUCAAUAUCUUCCUUCAGUGAAAUGCUUCUGCUUAGUUGCUCAGUUAUGUCCGACUCUUUGUGACCCCAUGGACUGUGACCCACCAGGCUCCUCUGUCCAUGGGAUUUUCCAGGCAAGAAUACUGGAGUGGAUUGCCAUUUCCUUCUCCAGAGGAUCUUCCCAACCCAGGGAUCGAACCUGCAUCUCCUGUGUCUCCUGCAUCACAGGCAGAUUCUUUACCCAUUGAGCCAUCUGGGAAGACCCUCUUGCUGCUGAUGGAGAGGAAAAAGCUUCUGGAGUCACAUGGGGACAGCCUAGGAUUCCCUACAGAAUAUUGUCUCAGGGAACCUACAACAGUGAAAAUUAAACUCAUUUAGUUUUCACCCAGUCCCAGGCCUGCGUAUGAAACAGGUCAAACCCCACGGGCCUAGACUGACCUUGUCUCCACCCUCCUUUUCCGUCCCACCCAGGAGUGGGCUGGUCCUUCCUUUGCAGGGGAAGCGACUGGACACAAGUUCUUGGGGAACAGCUCAGACUACGGAAGGCUGGUUGAAGUCUGUCCUCAAUGCCUCCUUUCCCAUCUAGGGAGCUCAGCUCUGCCGUGAGCCAGAUGACACCCCGAUGUAACCUUUUCCCUGUCUCUCAGCAUCUCUGCUCCAUCUGGCUUUCUGCUAAUGACAUUCAUUUAUUUGUUGUUUGGUGGGCACCAGGGAGGAGUUAAAGGUCACUAAGGCCUGAGGGCUGGGUCAUUUCCUUGCGGGGCUCAGAGUCAGAUGGGAACAAGAGGGCUUUGUCUGGGUUGGAGGAGCUGGACUGGAGGGUUGGAGGGGGGGGAUGGGGUAAGACAGAGUAGUCAGGGUGGGCUGAGGCCAGAUCGUAAAGGAAUUAGUGUCUAUGGCCGUACCAUCCUGAACACACCCGAUCUCAUCUGAUCUCAGAAGCUAAGCAGGCUUUGGCCUGGUUAGUACUUGGAUGGGAGAUCAUAAAGGAUUGGUGAGCAGCUCAGAAGGGUGAGUUUUGAGCAGAAGAGUGACCAGCUCAUGGCUUGGGAGAUAGCCUGGAAGUUUGGCUUUAAGAUGCAAUAAUUUGACUUAGUGAGCCUAGAAUAGGGUAGAUAAUGGCCUGGAGAUGUUUAUACUAUGUGUGCAACUUUUCUGUAAGAAAAGAGGGGGCAGAGAGAAUGACCUGGAACCUUGGGCCAACCUGGCAUUCUCACACUUGGCCUCCCCUCCCUUCUUGUUCCCCUCCCCCGACCUGCAUGCUGCCCUGCUCACUUAUGGGGUUUACUGAAUGUCACACUCUGUGUAAUGGCCCCUCCUCAUCACCUGCUCUGCCAACACCUUUGUUAUUGUUCAGUAGCUAAGUCAUGUCCCACUCUUUGCGACCCCAUGGACGGCAGCACACCAGGCUUCCCUGUCCACCACCAACUCCCAAAGCUUGCUCAAACUCAUGUCCAUUGAGUCAAUGAUGCCAUCCAACCAUCUCAUCAUCUGUUGCCCCCUUCUCCUCCUGCCCUCAGUCUUUUCCAGCAUCAGGGUCUUUUCCAAUGAGUUGGCUCUUUGCAUCAGGUGGCCAAAGUAUUGGAGCUUCAGCAUCAGUCCUUCCAAUGAAUAUUCAGGACUGAUUUCCUUUAGGAUUGACUGGUCUCAUCUCCUUGCUGUCCAAGGAACUCUUACGAGUCUUCUCCAGCACCACAGUUUGAAAGUAUCAGUUCUUUGACACUCAGCCUUCUUUACAGUUGAACCCUCACAUCCUUACAAUAACACUUUUGUCCCCAACUAUUCUGCAUCUAACUGGCGGCUCCACCUCUACCUGUUCCCUGCCUCCCGUGGAAGGGGUGCUCCCUGCCUUUCUGGGACUAUUCCCUCUCUCUCCCCAAUUUUCUGCCUGCCUUAGAGCUCCCCCUUGGGGGUCCCAUCUGGGUCUUGGGCCUAUGCUCUACCCUUUCAUUAUCUUGCCUUGUAAACAACUUGAAGAAUCACCAUCAGAAGGAAAAAAAAAAAACCUGUGUUUGACGCUCUGCUUCCUGUAGCCGAGACCCACAGAUGUGUAGUCUUUGCCAGCUGUUUUGCUCCCUCACCUGGUUCCAUUCACACCUGGCACGUUGGCCUCCAGCCACCACUCUCCACUGAUGACCCUCCAUCACCAAAGUCUCCUCAGCCUCCUCAGCCCUUCAUCUCUCAGCGACCUUUGGCCCCAUCCGCCCCUUGAUCUGUGGACCCUACACGAGGCCCAGUGUGACCUGCCCACUUGCUUAGCCUCUUGUGCUUCGGUUUGCUUCUCUAUAAAAUGGGGAUAAUAACACCACUUACCUCACAGGGCCCUUAAGUGAAAUUAUGCACGUAAACAACUCGGAACAAUGCCUGGCACAGGAGGAAGCCCGGUUAGCUAUUAGCACUGGCUUUGCCGGCCUUCCCUAGGCACCCUCCCGCCUCUGCCCUCAAACACAGGGUCCUUCUCCAAAGCUGGGCCUCCGCACUCGGCUCUCCCUCUGCCUGGACGUUGCGAGGGACAGAUGUCAACUCAGAUGGGCUUUAGCAGAAACGGACAUCGUUUGGCUCCAGUAACUUGACAGUCCAGGUCAGGUUCCACACUGAGCCAGGAGCCCAUUUCUCUCUUGUCCAGGGCUCCACCUCCCAGGUCUAGGGAGACAGGAGCAACCCUCUUGAUACCAACACUUAUGGACCAAGAUGGUCCCUAGGAACUCCCAAGACUCCCUCUUCUUGGUACAAACCCAGCACACAGAGAAUAUCUGCUUCUCAGAAAUGUUGAACUCAGGUCCAGAGUAUGGUCUCUUUGAGCAACAUACCUUGGGCCAGGUGCCCACCUCUGAGCCAAUCACUAGGGACUUAAGGUAAUCAGAGGCAUCCUUCCAAGUUGGGGGUGGGGUGUGGAGGCAAUGCCACCCAGAGGAUGGGGGCUGUGACCAGCUGCUGAGAAAUACUGAGAUCUAGGACUGGGAAGAGGAAAAACCCACAGCCAUCCACAUACCACUUCCUCCGUGAGGCCUUCCUUGCGUUCUCCUCCCCCAGUUAUUCCCUAUCACAUCAAAGCCAAAGUUUCUACAUCCCUCCCCUGCCCUCCUCUCCAGUCUUUCCUGUCUGUCUGCUCCCAGUGGAACAUAAACCUCCCAAAGGCGGGAACAAGGCAGGUUGUUUUCCAUCAUACUGCAGGGCCUUGUCCAAGGCCUGACUCUUGGUGUCGAAAAUUAUAAAUGUCAAAACUUUAUCCUCCCUGGGCUUCUAGUACUCCAUGUUCUCCUGGCUCUUCUUCUACUUCCUUACAUGUUCUUUUCCGUCUUUCCUCUGCUUGCAUUGCCCCCACCCCCAGCCUUGAACUGAGCCUUUUCCCAAAGGGAAACCUCAGAGGGCUUGCCUCACUGACUUCAGGGGCACCAGAGUAACUUCUGGGAAAAACUUCCAAAUCUAAGCUUUCAGCACUAAUAUUUUUUCGGAACUGCAGACCUGGAGUUCUGUCUGUAGGGAUGUGGACCCUCAAUAAAUCCUCCUGGAAAUAGUAAAUUUUUGUACCCACCCUACCCCCAUGUGUGCAUGCUCAAUCACGUAUGACUCUUUGCAACCCCCAGGACUGUACCCCACCAGGCUCCCCUGUCCAUGGGAUUCUCCAGGCAAGAAUAUUGGAGUGGGUUUCCAUGUCCUCCUCCCGGGGAUCUUCCUGACCCAGGGAUCAAACCUGCAUCUCCUGAAUUGGCAGGCAGAUUCUUUGCCACUGAGCUGCCAGGGAAGCCAAAUUACUGUGUAAAUGUUACUUAUGACCCAUGAGACUGGACAUGGUGUCAUCUCCCCUAAACUGUCCCCCGUGUCUAUGAAUGAUGCUGUGACAGGUCGUUCCAUUGCUUUGAAAGACAACACACCAGGAUUAUGGGGAGAUUUGAGCCAGAUGGGCCUUUGCCUCACCUUGGGGUCAGGUAGAAGCUUCUGGUUUUCUGAUUUCUUUGUGUCCGUCAUCUGAUGUGACACGGACAGUGGGGGAGGGAGGUGUACACACAGAGAGGAGCUAACUCCCUCAGUGAACGAAUGAGACCCAGUAAGUGACUGUGACAGCACUUUUGCUUGGCCACCAAGAGAUUCUAGGCAUGUUUGCAGUUCAGGACCCAUCCUUCUACCCAGUCUAUAUUUUCUGUGGUCCUGAUGCUUUAUUUCUUAUUUAUAUUUGACUAUUCAUUGCAUGCAGUUCCUGUGAGCUGUCUCAGAUCCUCUCUGGAACAAGGUGGGGAAUGCAUUAAUAUUUAAAAUAAAAUAAACAAAAUGUC